AUGUUCCAGCCAACUUCUAUCAUAUUCUCUGUUGCGGCGGCUCUCCUCUCGGUUCCGGGAGCCAAUGCCAAUCCUCUUCAACCUCGCGACGAUUUGACGGCCACGGUGGAUCUCAGCACCACAAACGGCCAGCCGCAACAUUUGGCAUCGGGGUUUAUAUAUGGAAUCCCUGAUAACUACCCCAACCAAAUCCCCGAUCACUGGUACAGCGACAUUGACUUCAACUACGGUCGUGUCGGCGGAGCACAGCUGGGUGAACCGGCGCGAGGAUGGAUCUGGGGUAUGGACGAAUUCUCCGGAAGAGUCAAUUCUGCAUUUCUCAAUUAUGAAGUGUGCAGACAGUUUGACGCCAACGUCAUUGUCCUAGUCCAUGACAUUUGGGGGACAGACAGUCACAACAGCUCAACUGUGUGGCCCGGAGAUGAUGGGGACUGGACCGAUUGGGACUUAUAUGUGGCCAAUCUUCUCGAUAGCUUUGUCUCGAAUGACAUGCUUGAAGGCCUCGUCAUUGACAUUUGGAACGAGCCUGACCAAUCCACAUUUUGGCAGCGGGACGUGCAGCAAUGGGUUGACCUAUAUAUCAGGACGCACAAGGCAAUUCGAUCUGAUUCUCGCUUCGACGGCGUCAAGAUCAGUGGGCCAAGUCUUUCUGGCUUGCCCGCCAGCGACAACGAGUGGUGGACUACAUGGCUGCAGCAGAUUGCCGGAAACAGUACCGUGCCAGAUCAGUGGUCCUACCACAUGGAACACUCGCUGGCAAACGCCAACAAUGACCCUCUCGUUACCAAUGCGACCUUGGCUGCGAUGCUGGAAGAGUACCAACUUCCCGAGCGCGAAGUCAAUGUCAACGAAUACGCCAUUCUGGGGGAGAUGCACCCCUCUGGGUACGCGUGGUGGAUCGCGCGUCUCGAGCGCUACAACUUUUGGGGUCUCCUGGGAAACUGGGCGUCUGGCACGACACUUCAUGAUCUUUUUGCCAACCUCCUCACCAAGGAGAGCGACCCCGACGACUACGAGGCCACAGACUAUGUUGCAGCUCCAGGCUAUUGGGUGUACAAGUACUACAACGUCAACAUGACGGGGGAGAGGCUCGCGACCACUGGCAGCGGCGACUCAUACUUGGAUGUGUACGCAACCAGAGACGAGAGUACCGUUCGACUUUUGGUCGGCUCUCGCGUUCGCGAAGGCACCUGGACCGUCCAGCUCAAUAACUUGAGCAGUAUUGGAUACGAUGUUUCCGGGACUGUCUCAAUCAGCACCUGGGGUUUUGAUGGCGCCGACCUUUACACGGCGCAAGCGGCGCCCAGUUUCCGAAACACAUAUGACCACCGUAUAUCAAAUGACGCGCUGGCUUUCAAGAUAUACCAAAACGACAUUUAUACGGCUUGGGCGUUUGAAUUCGCUGUACUGAACUAA